UGUUUAAAAUUUCUGCAUUUUUUUCAAUAAUAAUUCUAAAAGAAUAAAAUAAGUGUUCAUAUUCAUCCAGCAUAAAAAUGAUUAUUUUUCUUAGUGAAUUACAGAAAGAACAUCUCAAUUUACUACACAACCACUCUACUCAAGUGUUAGUCGACUUUUGUAAAUUGUCAAUUGAUUACUUGAAUAAUGGAAUUAAUCUCAAGAAGUACAGUGUUGCUGCAGAAAAAUUGGAUGUACCAGUUACUACAAUACAAAAUUUGGUUUAUGCACUUACAUAUCUGUUGGUAGAGGCAUGUAAACAUAAUUUAUCGGACCCAGACUUCAAAUCCUCAAUAGCAAUAGCUGGAUUUUCUUCUGAGCAUCAAGAGGUCCUAGUCAAAUUAUAUGCAACUAAAAAAGCAGAACUUUCCAGUGCUUUAAAUUUAUUACAACAAAAAGAGCCAACUUAUCAAGACCUUACUUGGCGGUUUGAAAUCCAGGUAGCCAGUCAGAAAAGCUUAGAAGAAGUAAAGCCUACAGUUGCAAUGGACUUUGUGCUUAUGACACCAAAAAUAUUUGCACAAAAUAAGGACAGUAAAGGAAAUAGUACUGAACCAGUGUACAAAAACCUUUCUCCGACUCAUGUAAACUUGCCCAUUCAAGAUGCCAAAGCUGCUAGCCAGUGUCAAAAUGUGAUUAAUCACAUACUCCUCCAAUGUGAUUUACCUAACUUGAUGCACAUGACAAAUAAAUUAGACCAAGCAUUGAAAGAAUCAAAAAGCCAACAUAUACGCAAAGUACAGAGGGCAUUAUAGACAAUGAAGAGGAAUAUUGCUUCAGUUAAGUGACUUGUGCCAUUGCUGUUUUGAAGACUAUGUAAGUAAGGAUACAUUCCAUGUAUUUUGCAUAUAAUUUAAUUAUUUUAAGUGAUUAUUAUUGAUAUUAUUUUUAAUUACUUAGCUAUAAAAAAGGUACCCACAUUCUUUCGGCUUAAACUGAGUUAAACACAUUGGAAACAAGGAAUACUCCAGAAACUUAAGUAUUUCCUUUCCUAUAAUUGUGUAUUACUUACCAUAUUGUUAAGAUUCAAUUAAAUACAGCAUAAAUAUAAUAUUUUGGCAUCAAUCAGCCCUUUGAUAAGGUUAUGCGCACAAGUGUAACCCUAGGCUUUUUUAAAAAAACCGUCAAAUCAACUUUUAACUACUUUGGUUAAUCCUACCUAGAAAAAUAUUUUACACGAGUAAUAACCUUACUCAAUACUUAAUCAAAUAAGAAUUGGUGUUCUGCAAGGCUCCAUUUUUAACUUGCAUUAUCAUAACUUAACAUCAGGUGCGAUUGUGGUCAAAUACCUGCCUUUUUAUGCAUAAAAAAUCGUUAUUAAUGUAAAGAACUAACGACAUUGCAUUGCAAUCAUAUUUCUCAUCAAUUAACAUCUCAAAAAGAUACACAAUUAUUGAAUAAAGAACUAUUACAGCUAGUUUAAAAGGAAUUUUUAGUUCCCCCAAAAACUUCUAAUUAUAGUGAUAAUUCGCUUAAUUAACUAAUGUUAAAAUU